UUCUCAAUGAGGAGAGGGGAGGGAACCUAUCAUCCGACCCUUCCUCAUUGGCUGAGCUUUGCAACAGGAGGAGGCGGGGCCUGCUCUGAUUAGCCAGAAAGGCAGCAGCUGGUGCUCUCCUGGCCAAUCCCAGGACAGACAGGGCUUUGAUCUUUGAUUCCUCCCAUGCACAUGUGGGAGGUAGGUUUGCAAUCCUGGGUGGUGCUUUGCAUUGGCUUUCCUUGCAGUCAACAACUUUGCAAAGCCAUGGCUGAAGAUCAUCCCCAAACUAUGGUGACCUGCACAGCCCCAGUUAACAUUGCUGUAGUCAAAUACUGGGGAAAACGCGACGAACAGCUCAUCUUGCCCAUUAAUUCUUCGCUCAGCGUCACGCUGCACCAAGACCAACUCAAAACCACCACGACCGCCGCCAUCAGCCGGGAUUUCACAGAGGAUCGCCUCUGGUUAAAUGGCAAGGAGGAGGAUAUUGGACACCCGCGCCUCCAGUCCUGUCUGCGGGAAAUUCGCCGACUGGCUAGGAAACGCCGUGGGGGCAGCCAAAGCAGAGACACUGCCCCGCUCAGCCUGACCUACAAAGUCCAUGUUGCUUCGGAGAACAACUUCCCCACGGCGGCUGGGCUGGCCUCCUCCGCAGCAGGGUAUGCAUGCCUGGUCUACACUUUGGCAAAGCUGUAUGGCAUAGAGGGAGACCUCUCCGAAGUUGCGCGGAUGGGCUCUGGGAGCGCCUGCAGAAGCAUGUUUGGAGGCUUCGUCCAGUGGGUCAUGGGGGAAGAUGCCGACGGCAAGGACAGUGUUGCCCAGCAGGUAGCACAGGAGACACACUGGCCAGAAUUGAGGAUUUUGAUCCUAGUGGUGAGCGCAGAGAAGAAGCCAAUGGGCAGCACAGCAGGGAUGCAAACCAGUGUCAAAACAAGUUUCCUGCUGAAGCACCGUGCCCAGGCUGUGGUUCCUGAGCGCAUGGCCCAGAUGAUCCGUCACAUCCAGCAGCGAGACUUUGAGGCUUUUGGCGAACUUACCAUGAAGGAAAGCAACCAAUUCCACGCCACAUGCCUGGAUACUUUCCCACCCAUUUUCUACCUCAAUGACAUCUCCAAGCAAGUGGUCGCCUUGGUGCACCGUUUCAACACCCACUGUGGCAAAACUAAGGUGGCUUAUACUUUUGACGCUGGGCCCAACGCCGUGCUCUUCAUGCUGGAGGAGACGGUGGGCAAAUUUGUGGAAGUGGUGAAGCGCAGCUUUCCUCCCGAAAACAACGGAGGCCAGUUUCUGAAAGGCCUGCCGGUGGAGGCAGCAACACCGUCUGAAGAACUGCUGUCAGCCGUGGUGAGAGAUCCUUCUCCGGGAGCCGUCCGGUAUUUGUUACUUACCAAGCCUGGGCCAGGACCAGCAUUGAUGGAAAACGCAGACUGCCAUCUCCUGGGUGCAGACGGAUUGCUCCGAAGCAGCAGCAGUUGAACAAAGAGCGUUUCCGUUUUGGGAUUGUUUGCCCAUGUUGCCUGAGUGGGGAAAUCAAGGAUGGGUGGCGCUUGCGAAUGGGAUGAAUGAGAGAGAAGUUCCAUUUUUCAUUGAGAAUUACAAAAGUGGUGGAUUUCAGACGGUUAAAUGUUGAGUGGGGAUUGUGCAGACCCCCAGAUGAUGUUCAACUGUAACGCCCAGCAGACCCUGGGAGUUGCAGUCCAACAAUAUCUGUAGGGAUGCACGAUUCCUAUCCCUAUUACUGUGUCCUGGUAAGUCUGCCUUAUCCCUGUAUAUGUCUUUUUUGGGUGGUCAUUGCAAGAGGUUGGUAUUCUCUUCCACCCUCCUCAGUGACAAAGCCCCUCCUAGGACUCUUAGUUUUGCUGUCAUGGCUGUUGUUGGAGAAUGUGGGCGAUCAGAGAAACAUUUGUCUAGGCCCCCGCAAACCAAUUAUAUUAUCCACUGAAAUCUCAGUGAGGAUGUAAUUCAUCUGUGUCUGUCUAUGGGACAUACUCAAAUACCCCUCUAACCCCCUUCUGCUGCAGGAUCACUUUUCAAGGGGGGUAUUGCAGCAAAACAAUUGAGUCCUGGAAGUGGGCAGAUGGGAUAGAGUUCUGCCAUGGAUCUUGGGCACUGCAUGGGAACCAUCCCUUUGCUUAGGCACACACUUGGAAAUCAUGGAGAUGUGUCUGGACUGCAACUCUCAUCAGCCAUAGACAGCUCAGGCCAUAGUAAGGAAAGCUGGGAGUUGCAGUCCAAUGGUAUCCAGAAGACUACAGUGACUGCGACUGCUGCUUUCUUAGAUAGUGAUGAUAGAUGCCUUACUCUCAGGGACUUCUAUGGAGCAGAAACCUUUAUGAGAAGCGGAGGGUUGGUUAUCUCUGCCUGUUUCUCUCCUGCCUUUUGGUGGGCUGCCAUCUCCUCUCUUCAGCUCAGGGCCUCCUUGUAGAUGGUUUCUUUUUGUCUACUGCACAAGAUGGGGAAAGUGCAAUCCAACAGUAUCUGGAAGGCCAUAGUUUGCUCAUCCUUUGGCUUGCCUGUUAGGUGACCGCUGGUUUAUGCAUUUCUUGCUAGGAAUGCUGGGCUAUGUAGGCUUUUUUAGUCUCUCUAUAGGCAUCUCUGACAUAUGCACCCCAUCAACCGUAAGUAGCAUAAUUGUUUGGGAAGGAUUGUGGUAACUGCAAUCCUAAAAGCCACAGUGAACUACCCUGGUGCAGACUUUGGCCUGAGUCAACCGGUCGCACAAUGUUCUUACGGAAGAGUUUAUAGGAUUGCUUUACAGGUUAGGAAACCUUGGGCAUGUUUGGGGAUUUGGGGAAUGCAAGAGCCAGCUGUGGACUUGCAGGAAGGCAUCCUAACAAAAUUAAUCUCUCCAUUCUUUAAUCUAUUCUAGCCUAGCUAUUGUUGCUUUUAAAAGUUUGCUAAUUUGCUUUUUUUUUAGGGAGGUUGCUCUUCUAGAAAAUGAAACAGGUGAAUGUCUGCCUCAAUAUUUAGGCAGCUAGGAACCAAAAUGACUCCUCUCCAUCACAAGUUAGGUUUGCUUCUUGCCCUGAAAAGUUGCCUGUGGUUUGUCUUUUGUGUUCCCUUCUUUUGCACACACAAAGUCCGAUGGGUGUGUGCGGGUCUCUUCUCUAAUUUCCAGUUUCGUUUUUACUGGGCGGUUUUGAAAUAAAUGACGAUUUGAUACUCUG